AUGCAGAUCUUCGAGUACAAUGGAAGUGCAGUUGUAGCUAUGGUAGGGAAGAACUGCUUCGCCAUCGCCAGUGAUCGAAGGCUCGGUGUGCAGCUACAGACUAUCGCCACCGAUUUCCAGAGAAUCUCCAAGAUCCACGAUCGCGUCUUCAUCGGACUCUCUGGUCUCGCCACCGAUGUCCAAACACUGUACCAGCGCUUGGUGUUUCGUCAUAAGCUGUACCAGCUUCGUGAAGAGAGAGACAUGAAGCCUGACACUUUCGCUAGUCUCGUCUCUGCCAUUCUUUACGAGAAGAGAUUUGGUCCUUACUUGUGCCAACCAGUGAUUGCUGGCUUGGGAGAAGAUGACAAGCCCUUCAUCUGUACCAUGGACUCCAUUGGUGCCAAGGAGCUGGCUAAAGAUUUUGUUGUGUCUGGAACUGCUUCAGAAUCAUUGUAUGGUGCCUGCGAAGCAAUGUACAAGCCUGAUAUGGAAGCGGAGGAACUGUUUGAGACGAUAUCGCAAGCGCUUCUCUCGUCAGUUGACCGUGAUUGUCUAAGUGGUUGGGGAGGCCAUGUUUACGUUGUAACACCUACUGAGAUUAAAGAGAGGAUCCUAAAGGGAAGGAUGGAUUAAUCUAAUCCAUCAACAUCAUCUGCUUCUAUCCAAGUUAUUGUUUUUUUCUCUGUAAUCCGGAUCUAAGUAGAAUAACUAUCGCAUCCCGGUUUAAUCGUAGAACCACUCCUUGAGAUCA